AAUUGUGCUAUGACAAUAUUCAAUUUCGCAAAAAACAGGUUGUUUAUUACAAAGAAUCUUAUCUGUCAGUUCAGCAACAAAAUAAUGAGCGAAAUGCACAGUGUUUCGACAUUAAUCCAAGGCCAAAAUGUCUCUAUUAAAAUUCUCCCGGCACUUGAUGAUAAUUUUAUGUACUUGAUAAUUGAUGAGAAAACCAAGGAAGCAGCAGUUGUAGAUCCAGUAAAUCCAUCAGUAGUAAGCUCUGCAGUUGAAGAGCACAAAGUAAACCUCAAUAAAAUUCUAACAACUCAUCAUCACUGGGACCAUGCAGGCGGAAAUGAAGAAAUGUGUAAGAAAUUUCCAGGUAUCAAAGUCUUCGGCGGUGAUGACCGAGUCAACGCAUUAACAAACAAAGUGUCUCACGAUGACCUCAUCGACGUUGGAAAUUUAAAAAUAAAAUGCCUCUCGACACCCUGUCAUACUUCAGGUCACAUUUGUUACUAUAUAGCGGGAAGUGGCGGCGAUUCCCCGGCUGUUUUUACAGGAGAUACAUUAUUUAUUGGCGGAUGUGGAAGAUUCUUUGAAGGGACUCCUCAGCAAAUGUACACGGCGCUUAUUGAAAUUCUCGGCGCUCUACCUGAAGAUACGAAAGUUUAUUGCGGGCAUGAGUACACUUGUAAAAACCUCUUGUUUGGUCUGAAAGUAGAACCCAACAAUGAAGACAUAAAGAAACAUUUUGAGUGGGCUAACAAUCAGCGUAAAAAACAAAAUCCCACGGUACCGAGUACUAUUGGCGAUGAGAAGAAAUUCAAUCCUUUUAUGCGUGUUCAUAAACAGUCAGUGAUUGAUCAUACUGGUACCAAUGAUCACAUCUCAACAAUGGCGAAAUUACGCAAAGAAAAAGAUGCUUUUUAA